GUAGGUAAAUGUUCUAUUAUAGCUUUAUCAACAAACUUGUAUUCAAUACCUACUUCUUUCUGUGGCUCUUAUCGCAAACAAAAUAAGUAUUUAUUAAUAACUUAAUAGAUAAUGAUAACAAAACUCCUCAUUUAAGUAUAAAAAAGAUACAAAUAACAAUGCCCAAUAAUGUAGCGGUAGUAACAGGAUCAAAUAAAGGGCUUGGCUUUGCGAUUGUCGAAGGACUUUGUUCAAAUUAUGAUGGAAUUGUUUACUUAACUUCACGUGACGAAAAUAGAGGCAAAAGUGCGUGUGAAGAGCUGAAAAAGAUUGGUUACAAUCCUAAAUAUCAUCAAUUGGACAUCACCGAUGAAGACAAUGUUAAAAGUUUUUGCAAUUUCAUCAACCAGGAACACAAAGAGAUCGAAGUUUUAAUAAAUAAUGCAGGCAUACUUUUCUUGAAAGAUUCAACCGAACCUAAGUCAUAUCAAGCUGAACAGACAAUCGCUGUUAAUUUCACUGCAUUAGUUAAUUUUACUGAGGCAAUUUUACCAUUGAUUAAAAACGGUGGAAAAAUAGUUAAUAUUUCAAGCUCAUCAGGACAUCUCUCUAGAAUACCCUCAGAAGAAUUGAGAAAUAAAUUUCGUUCAAUUGAUUUGAGUCUGGAUGAGUUGAAGAGGCUGAUGAAAAGUUAUGUGGAGGAUGUUAGGGAGGGCAAAGAUAUAGAAAAAGGAUGGGGCGAUUCACCAUACGUUAUCUCUAAAGUAGGCGUAAAUGCUUACACAUUUAUGCUGCAUAGGAAAUUGUUUAAUAAAGGUAUAACGGUGAACUGUGUUCAUCCUGGUUACGUGAUGUCUGAUAUGACUCGGGGAGGCGGUUCGGUAACGCCACAGCAGGGCGCCGUACAUCCGAUCCGACUGGCAUUGAAGCCCGAGGGCGGAGGCCUAUACGUGUGGCACGAUGGCACUCCUGUACCAUGGGAUGGGCCGGACCCCAGAACGUAUAUCGAUGGGCAACUAUCGAAACAAAAGUAGAUUAUUCCAAUUCUUAAUUAAACGUAUCAUAAGU